AUGAGCGCGCGCAUGCAGGUCCCGCUGUCGCAACGGCGCCACACAAACGUUGCUGCAGUGCGAUAUACAAAAAAUGGUCAUAAGCUGGAAAUUGCCUGUUACAAAAACAAGGUGAUAUCGUACCGUAAUGGGGUUGAAACGCGGUUAGAUGAAGUUCUUCAGAUCGACCGCGUUUUUACCAAUAUUUCACGUGGUCUCUUCGCUUCUGAAAAAGAUAUCCAAGCGGUGUUUGGCAAAGGAACCACGGAAGAGGAUGCACUCAAGUACAUCCUCGUCCAUGGCGAACUUCAGGUGGCGCAACACGAACGUGAAGUUGAAGUGAAUCAAAUGUUCACAGAUAUAGCACUGAUCAUAUCGCAGAAGUGCGUGAAUGAAGUUACACAGCGGCCCUUCCCCGCACAGGUCAUUGAGCAGGCUCUGCGCUCCAUAGGUGCCGCAGUGAGGUUGGAUCAACCGGCGAAAAAACAAGCACUUGCGCUCAUUCAUAGGCUUAUGGACGCACAGAUCAUACCGAUCGCACGAGCUCCAAUGAAACUCCGGUGCACAACAGUGGACGAGCAAUCUCUGAAGAAGGUGACGGAAUGGUGUGAAAGCAAUAGAGCGACCAUACUUGAGGAACCGGGGGAGACCUGCCAAGAUGAAACGGUUCAUGGAGCGGGGAAAUAUUCUCUGCUCAUCCUCUUACAGCCACAUCUUUUUCGAGAUCUUGAAAUUUUUGUCAAGGACGAGUUACCACAUGGUGCGACGGUGCACAUGAUAGACAGUGUGGCGAUGGAUGUAGGUGAAGUGGAUGUGAUGGAUGCAGAUUUGAUAGCUCGGGCUAACGCUCACACGAACGCUGCUGAUAAGUCGGUAGGUGGCGGAGGCGGUAGCCAUCAAACCGGUAGCAGCAGUAAUCCCACACAAUGUCUGAACAACAACAACAAAGGAGGAAAGAAAGGGGGAAAGAGUGGCCGGAAGCAGAAGAACGCAAAAUAUUCACUCCAGAAGAAUGAUGACACACCACAGGAAGAACAAGGCACGCCACUCACAGCUGAUUUGUCAUCGACAGGGCCGGGGGUUGUGGAUGAUAAGGAGAUCUCCGAUGUGAAGACGGCGCUAAGCAAACUGGGUCUUGAUAAUCCUUGCGCGCUGGAUGACCACGACGAUGACGACAAGAACAAACGGGGGAAAAAGAAAGCCAAACGGCGCCAGGGAGCUCAGCAGCAGUCACAACAACCCGCAUCAUCAAAGAAGGAGGUUGAGGUGGAGGCCCAGGAGGAUAGUGACGAAGAGGUUCUAGUUAACCGCAAGCAGCGCAAAAUGGCCGCAGUUAAGGCUAAAGACAUAAGCAAUAAUCACGACUGCGACUUCGAUGACGAGUACAACUAUGAGUACGAUAUGGAGGAAGGGGUAGGAGAGGAGUGA